GCGUACCUCAGGUAGGCGGGGUUCGCUGUCCUUUGAUUAUUUUGCAUGGCUUGCUAUGUUCACUGUUACUGGGAAAAGGAGAGAUGAGUAGGUCUAGGAGUAUUGUUUUGAAGUUUUGUGGUUCACCUCUACUACUGUUGGUCCUCCUAUUAUUCACGUGUAUUUCUACUGCUGCCUCCUCUGAUGGACGUAAUGAGCAACUUAAUCCAGACACUGACGAGCUCCUACAAGGUGGUGAAAGUGGUGACGAGGAAGAUGAACCAGAUCCCGGCCCUCCAUUCAUGGACCUCCUCACUAACCACAGAUUCAAUGCACACCAUAAACUAGACGUGAGAGACAAUUUCAUACUCCCUGAACCUGAUGAACUUCCACACACAACAACUCUUCCUCAAGACUUUGUACUAUCCUUCUCCUACAAGCCUGAUCCUAAUACUGUCCUUAGACUAUUCUCUACUGAAAUUACUGUACCCCCUGCUUCAAGCAGCAUCAGAUCGGCUACACUCCUCCUUAGCUCUUCACUGAUGAUCAUAUAUCAGACUCACUUUUACGUAUUAAAUAAUGACAUAUCUACUAAUGAAUCCCAUAAUAUUAUUAUAUUUGUGAGUAAUGGAAGCAUGAGGCUUUGUUUUGAUGGAGAAGAGUACCCAACUAUUGGGCUAUGGAGUGUAAGGGAUAUAUCCUUAUCUCCUGUUCAUCUCAAUUUCUCUACACAUUUAAUUGAUGUUGCAGAUAGAGGCAUAUUGUGUGAUCUUCGUGUGUAUCCAGUAGUUGAUAAUAUUUAUAGUAAUGAUAGUGACUAUUAUUUUUAUGAUGAUAUAUGUUCGUUUGUGGAACCAACUUGUGAAUUGGUAACUAGUUCUUCUGUGCAAGGUAGCAGCAGCUCAGCUAACAAGAAUUAUCAAUCAUGGCCUGAUUCUCCUUGUACUGGCCCACCAGGUAAUCCUGGACCACCAGGAGAACCUGGUACAGAUGGAGCUAAAGGGCAACAGGGAGAUGAUGGUUAUCCUGGCCCUAGAGGGUUACGUGGCAGAACAGGUCCUCCUGGACGUGCUGGUCUUCCUGGUCCUCAAGGAGCUCCUGGUUUCAAGGGAGAGGCUGGUUACUGGGGAGAACCUGGACUACAGGGAGACAAAGGAGCCAGAGGUAAAGAUGGUUUGCCUGGUAAACAAGGCAUGCAAGGACCAAUGGGAUUCAGAGGACCCGCUGGUCCUCCUGGCCCACCUGGUAAACAAGGCAGUAACAGCAAGGAUGGGCCGCAGGGAGAAAUAGGAGAGAGAGGAUUCAAAGGAAAAAUGGGAAAAAAAGGGGCACAUGGUCCAAAAGGAUACCCUGGAAACAAAGGAGUUGUUGGAUUGCCUGGUAGAAUAGGACCACCUGGUGAGAAAGGAGUGAUGGGUUACCCUGGAUACAGGGGGAAGAGAGGGCCACCUGGUCCUAAAGGACAACCAGGAACUGAUGGACUAAAAGGAAGGGAUGGACCCCGCGGACCUCCUGGUGACCCUGGUACCCCAGGGAUACCAGGAGGAGAAGGAGUAGAGGGAGAGAAAGGACCUCCUGGAGCAACGGGACCUCCUGGUCCACCAGGAGACAAAGGUAAAGUUGGUAUGAAAGGCAAACCAGGUCAUAGAGGCCCUCGUGGUGCAAAGGGAUUUAUUGGGUAUCCAGGGGAGCGAGGUCCACCUGGUGCUAAAGGUGAUAUUGGACUGAUUGGUAGAGAUGGACAGAAAGGGGACCGUGGCGACAUGGGCGAAGCUGGUUCUGAAGGAUACCCUGGCUAUGACGGAUUACCAGGAGAGGAAGGAGAGAAAGGUGAUAUUGGUUUACCUGGUCCACCUGGCCAUCCCGGCCUAAGAGGUUUACAAGGGGAUAGGGGACCUCCUGGAAAAGAUGGUACUCCAGGAACACCAGGUGAAGUGGGUUCCUCUGGUCUGCCAGGUCAUUCUGGUGAAACUGGACCCAAGGGAUACAAAGGUUUUGCUGGAUAUGCUGGAGCACAAGGAAAAAUUGGUUCAAAAGGUCAACCUGGUUUACGAGGACCUCCAGGACUCCCUGGAGAUACAGGACUAAUGGGUGUAUCAGGGAAAGUUGGUCCUAAAGGAUAUAAAGGAAGUAAAGGACUUCAAGGAUUGGUUGGAAUCCCUGGACCUAGGGGAGAAAAAGGAGACCCCGGACCACUUGGUGAUCCUGGGCAUCCUGGGUUGAAAGGCCCUCAGGGUGUUGAUGGUAAUAAUGGAAAAGACGGGAAAGUCGGUCCACUUGGUGACAAAGGUGUGAAAGGAGUGUCUGGGCUUAAAGGCCCACAAGGAGAUAAAGGAGAAAUGGGUUUGAUUGGAUUGCAAGGUGCUCCUGGAGUAAAGGGAGCUAAUGGUAAUACUGGACCAGCUGGUAGGAUUGGACUACCUGGUAUCCCUGGAUUAAAAGGUCCUAAAGGUAAUUCUGGUGCUAGAGGAGCUCCUGGCAAUAAAGGACCAACUGGAAGGAGAGGAGAGCAGGGGCCCCCUGGGGACCAGGGACCUCCUGGUCCAAGAGGAAAGAAAGGCAAAAUAGGUCCUGGUGGUCCACCUGGAACACCAGGUAAGAAAGGCAGUGCUGGUCAUGAUGGCUUCCCUGGAGCUAAAGGCAAGAAGGGUAGUAGAGGUGGUAAAGGUGAUACAGGACAGAGAGGAAGAGAAGGUUUUGUGGGACCCAAAGGAUCACCAGGACCACCUGGAGAUAAAGGAGACAUUGGAGAUAUAGGUCCUCCUGGUAUAAAAGGUGGAGAGGGCAUUACUGGUUUAAGAGGAAGGAUUGGACAAACUGGUGAUACUGGUUUAGCUGGUCCACGUGGGGAAACUGGAAUUAAUGGUACUAAAGGUGAGAGGGGAGAGAGAGGAGCUAAAGGAGAUAAAGGAAGGAAAGGAGUAAGGGGCAUUGAAGGAUUGAAAGGAUGGAAUGGCUACCCUGGAAAUAAAGGUCCUCCUGGCCCACCUGGUGAGCCAUCACCAAAGGGAAGCAAAGGAUAUGAAGGUGAUCCUGGUCCUAUAGGUCCUCUUGGUCCUAAAGGAAGAUAUGGAGCUGAAGGUGCUAAAGGUGAUCCUGGUAUAAAAGGAGAGAUUGGUCAUACUGGUAUUAUUGGAAGAAUAGGAGAGAGAGGAGAGGAGGGGCCAAGAGGAGAGAAAGGAAAUAAAGGAUAUAAAGGCAAUAAAGGUAUUAAAGGACCUCCUGGACCACCUGGUCCCAAAGGCAAAGCUGGUCGUAUUGGAAAUGAUGGACCCUCUGGUCCACCUGGAGAUUAUGGUUUAGCUGGAAUAAAAGGAUCUCCUGGUCAUUCUGGCGAUAAGGGACUCCCAGGCCCUACUGGACCAAUGGGUCCUAAAGGGCCUCCUGGUGAACAGGGGGAAAGAGGUGACAAAGGACAGAAAGGUAGUAGGCCCUCUACUAGUGGUACAUCAUUCUAUAGUUCUGAUAGUAGCCUUGAUGAUCAGUCUUUAAUACCGUCUCUCUCUAGCAUUUUAAAUAAUUUGUACGAUGUGGUUAAAAGACCUGAUACUUUAUGUGUUCCUGUUCGGAUUAUUAACAGUAUGGGAAGGAGUCAAACCCAACCUGCCCAGUCUUGUCAAGCAAUAAAUGAUCUAUUAAAUAAUCAAUCAAAUGGUUGGUAUUGGAUUGAUCCUAAUUUAGGAUGUUCUCAAGAUUCUGUUUAUAUUUAUUGUAAUUUCACAUCAAAAGAAACAUGUAUAGACAUUGUACCAUAUCCCUUGGAACUAGGUAACCUAACUGAAGCCUAUCUGAUGAAUCUUUUGCCUAAUAAUAUACAAACAUCAUUAUUAGUCCAGUUGAAUGUCCUAAGGCUUUACAGUCAUAGAAUAAGGCAAUCAGUCAAGAUAGGGAUAUCUAGAGAUUAUCAUGCACAGUAUAGCAAUGAGCUUAAUAUCACAUGGAUUGAUUCUGAUCGAAAUCAAGUAAUACUGAAUCAAGAUCAGCUCUCAUCAACAGUGCUACAAAAUGAGGGAGGAAAGGGCGAGGUUCAUUAUUCAAUUCAAGCAGACAGCUCUCAUUCCAUAUACAAUUCACUGCCACUGCUUGAUGCUAGACUGACAUGCAGUGGUGGUGGGUGUACUACUGUUCAGUUAGGACCUGUGUGUUUUAAAUAUCAGAGUAAUAGCGAUGUUACAUGAAGGAACAUGAUCCUUCUCUCUAGUUAUUUUGAUUCACAGCAUACAUUUUUUUAACAAGAACUCUAUGUCAGUGUACAAAAUAA